ACCUGCCUUUUUAGGGAGAACUGGCUGGGUGCUGUGCAGAAAGCAAAACCUACGCUGUUCCAUCUGCUUCGCUUCCUUGCCGACCUUUCUUCUCUGUGUGUGCAUCGAGCUACAGCUGUGCACUUUCAGAGUGCCUGCGUGUAGCUAAGUGUGUAGCCAAGUGCACCUCGUGCUCUUUUUAUUCAUAGCUUCAUUUGGAACCUUUCUGAAUCAUAAUUUGAACAGUACGCCGUGUGAUAGAAGAUGCACUAUUACCGAUAUUCUAAUGCAGAAGUCAGCUGUUGGUACAAAUAUCUGCUCUUCAGCUACAACAUUGUCUUCUGGCUAGCUGGCAUGGCAUUCCUUGCAGCUGGACUGUGGGCAUGGAGUGAAAAGGGUGUGUUAUCUGACCUAACAAAGGUGACUGGUCUUCAUGGUCUUGAUCCAGUGGUGCUUGUCUUAGUCGUGGGAAUCGUGAUGUUUACUUUGGGAUUUGCUGGCUGUGUGGGAGCUCUGAGAGAAAACAUCUGCCUUCUGAAGUUUUUCUGUGGAACGAUUGUAUUUAUAUUUCUGUUGGAGCUGGCAGUGGCUGUUCUGGCUGUCUUGUUCCAGGACUGGGUGAGAGACAAAGUCAAGGAGUUCUUUGAGAAUAACAUUAAGUCCUAUCGAGAUGAUAUUGACCUCCAGAACCUCAUUGAUUCGCUACAGAAAAUUAACCAUUGCUGUGGUGCCCAAGGCCCGGAUGACUGGGAUUUCAACAUAUACUUCAACUGCAGCAGUGAAAGCAAAAGUCGUGAGAAAUGUGGUGUUCCAUUCUCCUGUUGUAUACCUGAUCCUGCUCAAAAAGUUGUGAAUACACAGUGUGGCUAUGAUGUCAGGAAAAAGAGCAAGAAUCAGUGGGAUGAUCAGAUAUUCAUCAAAGGUUGUAUCGUUGCUCUGGAAGCUUGGUUGCCUCGAAAUAUCUACGUUGUUGCAGGUGUCUUCAUAGCUAUCUCACUGCUACAGAUUUUUGGAAUUUUCCUAGCCAGGACAUUGAUUUCUGAUAUUGAAGCUGUAAAAGCAGGCAAUGCCUUCUGAAUAUAAAAUCGAACAUAUGUUGCAAAAAGUAUAUCUUACUAUUCUUGGUCAGACAUGAAAGUGGAAAGAAAUGCCCAGACCAUGAAAUACUCCUGGUAUUACCUGCUCAUGAGUUUUGCUUCAAGCUGGUACAAAAAAGAAUCUGCAGCUCAUCCGUCUGCCUUUUUUCUUACGAGACAACUCAGUGCAUCAGAACUGAACUCUGGUGAGGAAGAAAUGGAAGUUUCCCAAGUUGUCAGAACUGAUUUUAAACUUGUAGGAAGGAGCAAUGGAACUGCUUUAAGCUCCUUCCUUGAAGAAUUACCAUGAAGAUUGUUUUGAUUUUACUCUGAACUAUCAUCGCUUCCAGUGUUGUAAUCUCUUCAGAAGGCCUGCUGAUCUCUUAAGAAUAUUGAAAAGGUUGUAGUCUCUAUAGUAGACUCAUGCAGUCAGUUGGGCAAGUUGACCACCAACUGUCAUCAUGGUGGUAUUGGAAAUGGAAGCAAAUAUCACAAAUUUUCCAGUUCUUUUGUUCUUUGUUGUGCAGAAAUAGGGGGUAUUUCUCUUUGACCGGGAAUGAAGCAGAAGCAGAAACUUAUGUUCAGCCUUGGAUAGCUUGAGUAACCCAAGCAGUUAUGAAAAUGCAUGAGGGGAAAAGUCUGACUCUAUAGUAUUAUAUGUUAGCAAUCUCCAUUUCAGGCAAGGGAAUGUGAAUCCCUAGUGCUGUUUCCUGUCUGGAAAAAAUGUAAAUAGUCUUUAUUUAUAGAAAAAGGAAAAAACUCUUUAAAAAUGUGUAGCUUUUUACUGUUCAGUGCUAUUUUUUAAGAAGUGCUGCCCACAGAAUUUUGGAAGUGCAGUUUGUUUCAGUAGUUAGCAAGCAUGCUAAUGCUAGCUUUGGACUUGUUUUCCUUUCCUCUGGUUUCUUUGCUAUGCUGAUCAUUACAAGCCCUAAUUGCUAGUAUCAAAGUUGAUGAAAACAUUCAGAUUCAGCGUUAAUCACUACUGGCCUUUUUUUUUAUUAUCAGAAAGUCUGCACUUAGUAGAACACUAGCUUUUGAAUUUUUUAUGAAUCUUCUAUAAAGUUACUAAAUCAUCAGUUCUGUUUGUCUUCUAAUCCGUGGUUCAAAUGCCAAUCACAGUGUGCUGAUAAGAACCAUUUCUUCUUAUGGUAUCAAACCAAAGUACUUCUACUGAAAUAACUUCUGUGGGUUUUUACUGUUUUUACUUUUUCCGGAAGAAAACUGAACUCUUCUUACCAUCCUUUUUUUCCUGAAGUUCAGUAAGAUGGCCAGUCUUGUCUGAAAGUCUUUGGAUUAGGACUGCAGUGGCUGCAGAAGCACAGCCACGCCUGGCAUACUAUUUUAAUCUGUCAAAGAUGGAUGUAUAUGGAUGAAAACUUCUAGGAAGUAGUUGUUGGUUUUACAGUAGGCUGUAUAACUAACAGUGUUUACUGCUUCCAGUGGCACCCAUUUUUUCAGGGAGAGCAGAUUUUUUUUUUUUUUUUUUUUUUAACAGUGCCUGAGAGUGUAAAUUUUAAAGAAGUAUAUAUUUUUCUAAUGAUAUUUUACUACAUGUAGUCUGUGUGAAGAACUUGCUAGUUGUAUUUCCAAAGCCUAUGGCCUUCUUAGGAAACCAAACUCCUAAAUCUUUUAAUUCCAUUUUUGUAUUACGCAUGUAUUAAUGAAUGUUUCACUGGCAGAAGCUGACUUGCAGUAAGAAUCUUUGUGUUGCUUGUCCAGAUGUUCUUGUAGCUCUUUACCCUGUGAAACACUUCGCAGGCCAUGCUGUACUUCUCAUGUAUAUUUCAAUGCAGCUUUAUAGUUCUUUUUCUGGCUAGUGAUUGAGACAGAAGAGGACAAAGAAGCUUGUCUCAAGUUGGCUGAUUUCCUUAGAACAGAGAACAGUCCAAUAUUAUUUGUCUGGAAAACCUGUAAGUAAAAUCUAUAGAAGUGCACUGUGAUACUUCUUUAGCUUCAUUAUGCAAAAAGGGAAAAAUAGCUGUAGAUCAAUGAAGGAAGGGCAAGAUGCAUUUCUUCUGCAGAGCCUUGAAUUUGUGGUCUGUAUUACCUUUUUGUUGAAUGUAGUUCAUUAGGAGCAGCCAAACAUUUGCUGCAGUUACUGCUACUUUGCAAGCAACAAAGCAGUGUUUUGUAACUUUUUGUAACGUUUGCUUUUAACUCUGGUGCUCGAAACUAUUACAACCAGCUUGCUCUAUUCUGUGUAAUAAUCUGAUGUAUAUAAGAUUGGAGAAUACUUCCUGUUGUAACUUUCUGUUUGUAAAACAUCAUAUUGAAAAUUGCAUCAUGGAGUACAUUUCACUGUGCCAUUUUUUUUGACACAAGGCACGUAGUGCUGGGAAGUUGUUUCAAGAGUUGAUGAAAAUCAUCAUGGCUUCAACAAGGUCAAUAAUGGAGUUCACACACUGAAGUUAGCUGCCACCAAGGGCCUGUUCCAUCCAUCAGAGUUCCACUGUCUGCAGAUCCUUGCCAAGAUUCCUGAAGACAAAUGAAUACUUGAUUUCUUUUGGUUUUUCGAUAUUCUGGUUUGUAUGCAAAGCAGAAUUUAAUCAGUCUUUCUGAUUAAAAGUCUUUCUACAGUUUGUUCUUACUGGCCUUGGCCAUGUUAACACCAACUUUGUAGUAUCAAUACUCUUUGGAAUCUUUUGGAACUGAGAAUCUUUUGGAAUCUUUUGGAACUUUUUCAACCUAUCUGAGGCUCUUUACAUUCAUGAACAUUUUCUGUUUUCACCAUGGAUAAACUUCUGUGCAUUUAUUCAGUAAAAUUUUUAAAAUCCUGUGGCUGUAGGCUGUUUUACCUCUGAGCAUUUAAACCACCACCCUUGAUGGUGGUACAUGUGGCUACUGUAAUUUCAGACUCGGAAUGGGAAUGCUUUCUUACCAUUUUGUACUUACAGUUUUAUUUAGCACCUUUUGUAUGGACCCACAGUGACUUCAUGCCUAACCAUUUAGCUUAUGGUUUAAACAAGUCUUGUCAGAAUAAGCAGUUGAGUGUGAGCCUGCUCUAAAGCCCCGAAGGAGAAGCAAAUCAACAGUUUUGCAGGGAUAGGUUUGAUAAAUUGAUGAUGUUGAGAUUUUUAUUGGUUGCAUUUGGAACAACUCCACAAACACUACGACAAAAGUAAGGUUUUUAAUGAAGAUAUCAAAUAUGAGUUCAGACUUGAAUAACUGGACUGAGCGAAGGGAACUUUUCAACAUGUGAUCAUUUUUAUUUAUCAGGAAUGAGCACAAUAUAUUUCUGUGACGCAAUGUAUUUAUUUCUCAAUUGGUUCUGACAACACAACUGCUCUUGUUUCUUAUGCGUGUUUGAACACUUAGUUUGUUUACAAAAAGGAGGAUGAAUAUGAGCACAGAUGAGAGUGCAGUGACCAAAGAAACAUCAGUCACCUCUUAAAAGUCUGAAUAUUACUUGCCAAGGGGGUCUUUAUUUCUGUUGACUCUUGUACAGUGCCAUGUGGAUAGAUUUAUACCUCAAGUACAUUGAGGGUCAUGUGGCAAUUGGUUUAUAUAUAGCAUUACCUUGCUUUUUUGUCUCUUCACUCUGUCCUUUCCUUUUCCUUCCCAUACUGCCUGUGGGUUUUCAUGCAGUUUGAAUGUUUAUCCUGUGUAAGGGGAGAUCGUGUCUCUUCUGAGAUGGCUUUUCUGAAUGACUUUUGGUGUGUGUGUGUGUGUGUGUAUAUAUAUAUAUAUAAUUUUUUUUUCUCAAGCCUUACAUUUGAUUAAAUAAAAUAAAUGUUUUGUACUGCUGGAA